UCGCGCCUCCUCCCGUCACCAGCCAGUGUGUGUGCUGCUGAAGAGCGAGAAAAAAAAAGUCGGAAAAAGGAAAAAUCCAUCGAUUCCGGAAGACCUCCCAGCAGCCAGGAUGAUUGGAAACCUCGCCAAGCUGUCGUACGUCCGCGGCGUGUCGCAGAGCGUGGCCAGCGGCCUCAAGGUGGCCACCGUCGCCGUCAAGGCCGAGGGCAAGCCAGGCGCCGUCGCAGGUCAGACCCAGGUCGUGGGAAGCGAUCUGCCCCGGAACGUUGUCCGCGUUUCGACCGGAUUCUCAGGCCCCAGCCAGAUCCGUCUAGCGCACACCGAUAUCCAGACGCCGGAUUUCUCCGACUACCGCCGGGACCAGGUCAAGCGGGCAAAUGCCAAGAACAGCUCGGCCGAUGAGCGCGCCGCCUUCACCUACCUGAUGGUCGGAGGUGCCUGCGUGAGCACGGCGUACGUCGCCAAGUCGCUGGUGUCCACCUUCGUGUCGUCGAUGAGCGCCUCGGCCGAUGUGUUGGCCAUGGCCAAGAUCGAAAUCAAGCUGUCGGACAUCCCGGAGGGCAAGUCCGUGACGUUCAAGUGGCGCGGAAAGCCGCUCUUCAUCCGUCACCGCACGCCGGCGGAAAUUUCCCAGGAACAGGCCGUCGCGACCGGAACGCUGCGUGACCCGCAGACCGAUGCCGAGCGCGUCAAGAACCCCGAGUGGCUGGUCGUGAUUGGCGUGUGCACGCAUCUGGGCUGUGUCCCGAUCGCGAACGCCGGUGACUUUGGCGGCUACUACUGUCCGUGCCACGGUUCCCACUACGACGCGUCCGGCCGCAUCCGGAAGGGACCGGCCCCGCUGAACCUGGAGGUGCCCUUCUACGAAUUCCCCGAGGACAACCUGGUGGUGGUUGGUUAAAGGAGAGCGCGCAAGAAGCUAUCUUAGCACCAAAUAACAUACAAUUUGAAAACACGAAACCAAUAGUAAAUGAAAAUCAUCCUUGUUGCAUUGUAAGUACGGGAAAACGACAACAGAACUGGACGCGUAGCAAAAACAAAAACACAAACAAACAGGAACGAGUAUUUGCCGGAAAACGAAUUAUAGAAAUGGAACGAACAACAACUGUUCCUGGAACGGAGGAAAAACAACUAAUAAAUUGAGGAAAAUUCCUUCACAGAAA